AUGCUCAGAUUAUUUAAAGGAGUUAAAAGCAAAUUAUUAAUUUCUUCUGUUAUUUUCCCUUUAUAAAAAUUAAUUGGCUUAUAUUUUGAUAACUAAUUGCAUUCUGGGUCGUUUUGCAAUUUAUUUAAUUACAUUUUAAAAAAUCUACAUUUUUCAUACUCAUCUGCUUAUUUUAACCUAUUCAAAAUCACAUCUUACUCUUCUUAUGUAUAUUUUUAUAACUCCUUCUCUAUUUAAUUUUAAGUAUAAAUUUCUUCUAGAGGAGAUUUAGGUUUUAUUUCUACCAUAGCACUAAACCUACUAUCUUUAAAUCCAUAAUCCUGUUAAAAAUUUUCUAUUAUUUCUACAGUUUAGCUGAUAUCAAUUUUCUUUUCUCUUUUGAAUUCGCUUCUCUAAUUUUUUAUUUUUUCUUCCACUUUUAAAACGAAUUCUUAAAAUUCUUUUUAAGCUUCAGAAUAAUCAACAACUAUCGCUUCUUACAAGAACUUGUUUAAUGUAUUUAUAUUCUUAAAUAGAUAUUUUUGCACAUAAUUUUAUAAGUUAGUUGAUAAUAAUUUUAUAUUAUUUUAUUCAUUUUUCUUUUGUUCAACUUACUUCUCGCUCUGA